AUGGCCGAUUCAGCAAUGUACAGUGGGGUCGAGUACUUUUCUCUCUUUGUAAGAUUCGUGUUUUCAGAUGGAUCAUUUGUUGAAAAGAGAGUCAAAAUUGAAAACUAUGACGGCAAAACAGAUGCGGCGGGGUGGCUCAGUUGGAUAAUGAAAAUAUUGGAAUUGAUGGAUGCUGACCUCAUUAAAUGCAUUGGUGCUUGUUUUGAUGGAGCUUAUGUUCUGAUACGAAAUGGUGGGCUCUCUGGUAAACUCCUGGCUAAAACAAAAGAGAGAGACGGGCUGAACGGAUUUGAUUCAAACUACUGCUUUUCACAUAGAACAAAUAAAGCGACUGAAAAGUGUUUUGAAUCGCAAUGGGGGCUGGCUAUUGAAAGUUUCUUGGACGGGUUAACAGUUCAGACAACAAGAACAGCAUGGGAUCAAUUCUGUGCCAAAAAUCAUAUCAAAGGUGCAGUUCUCAAAUUAGUUCAACAAUCCGAAACAAGGUGGCUCCAAACAGUAUUGAUUCUUAAUAACAUGUUUGAAAAUCUGCCUUCACUUCAAGAAUUUUACAGUGACAGAGAACAAUACCAAAAGCCUUUUGGACCUCGCAACAUUAUGGGUGAAUGUAAUGUCAACUGCAAAUUGUUUGUUGCGUGUAUGUUCUUCACUCAGAUAGUGCUCAGUAAGGUGAAGAUAAUUAACGACUGGCUACAGACCGCCAAUUUACUAUACCCCGUGGCCUAUCAACGUGUUGAAGAUUUAAUUUCGAAUAUCUUCGAGCUCAGACGUAAGGUGGUGUUAACCGAUUAUUUAGAAAAAAUGAAAUACACUGAUGAACUUGACGACAACGAAAAAUUCAUUUUGAAAAAGUAUUCAAUUCACCUGCUCGUUAAGUUGAGUGACGCGAUGAUUUUGAGUGAUGACCAAGAAUUGAAAGCGGAAGUUCAAAAGUUUCAAGAUUGGUACUGUGCCAACAUUGAAAAAGUCGAAGAAAUUGCAAACAGGUUAAAAAGAAAAGAAAGGGCUGAUGCUACUGAGGCGAUACGUACUCUUGUUAAACAAGUUAGAUUAACAAGUACAGAUAAAACAGAAGCAACAGAUAUCGCUGAAGAUUGCAGCAGUAGUGAAAUUGUUAAAGAAAAGAGAGCAAACGCCAUUCAACACAGAAAGCACAUAAGGGCUUUAUUCAAAAAAGAAGCAGAAGAUUUCUUAAAAAGUUGCCCAGCCAAAAAACUAACUUUGAACACCUUGUUUGCUUCGAUGACUCAAGAAGAAAAGAAUCAAUUCCCAUGUUUAUUCAAUCUUGUGAAAAAAAUGAAUGCUAAGAGUCCAACCACUUGCCCAGUUGAAAGAUCUUUUAAUAAAAUUGGACAACUUGAUAGAGCAAACAUGAGCGUUGAAAAGAAAGUUGCUUACAUGGAUGUUGGGGAUGCUCUGAAAAACUAA